AUGAGUUUUGCUUUGCAUCGACAAGCUAUGUGGCGACGGGGUAAGGUCCUGGUUGGUGUUUUGCUAUUCAUUUUCAUCGUCACGACAAAGGUGAACCUUGACAAUCGCAAAAGAGAUUCAUCCAGUACUCCUCCAAGGGAACGUUCGCCAACGACGACAAAGGUGAACCUGGACAAUCGCAAGACAGACUCAUCUGGUACGCCUCCAGUGGAUCAUUCGCCAACGGUGACGCCGACACCUGGAUCGCCUGCAAAAGUAAAGCAGCGUGUGGCCAUGGUGACUUCUGUGAACUACAGAUGGAACUGGGAAGGUGCGCAAGAAGCAUUCGAGCUGUCAGCUCAAGAACGUCAAGCGUAUGCUGCACUCCAUGGCUAUUCCUUUGACGUGAUCGACGUGCGCAGUUUCAAACAGGAUUUAGUGGACCCAUCCUGGCAUGUGCAGUGGAUGAAGAUUCCUAUUGUGAAACACAUCUUUGAGAAAUACCCAGAUGCUGAUUGGGUGUGGUGGCUCGAUGCGGAUGCUAUCAUUAUGGGCAACCAGGAUCUCGACAGCUAUUUGUUUGACCGAAUCGAAUCGCUACAGGCCGAAGCACGGCAGUUCCACAGCGACAAUCGUCGUGAACAGUACGGGAUGGCGAUGUUCAAGUAUCUCCACAACAUCACCUUGGCAGAGACUAACUUGAUUGUCACACCGGACAUGGACACGCCGAUGAUCAAUAUUGGGAGUUUUCUCAUUCGCAGAAGCGAGACAUGGACAGAUAUGUUGCUUGACCUUUGGGCGGAUCCUCUUUUUCACAAAGCAGCCGAGGACAGAGCGAUUGGAUUCCAGGAACAAGGCGUCCUUGCACACCUCAUCCAACAGCACAAGACUAUCGCGAGGCAUACAGCCAUGGUGCCGAUGACGAGCAUCAACGCGUUUGCGUGGGCUGGACCUUGGACUUGGCGUCCAGAUUCGCUUGUGAUGCAUGAAGCGGGAUGUUACGUCCAUGCCUUGUGCAGACACUGGAUGCGAGAGUACAGAGCUGUCAAGAAGGGUGAGAAGGACCGCGUGGGCCUAGAACGUGCGAUCAGAGAUACUGCUUGGACAGCGAAGGAAGACAAAGUAUAA